AACGUUAAUACUACGUAUUUCCCCCUCCUCCGCAUUCGUAACUCGUCCGCAUCCCCAUCCUCCCCGGCCGCGACCUCAUCCCGUCGCCCGAUCGAUCCCGCGCAUGUCUAGCCACGUCGGCCGCUGAAUGCCCCCGAUCGUUUGCUCUCCGCCAUGGCUGAGGUGGACGCGGCGCCCACCUUCGGCGCCGAGCUCAAGGAUGGCUUCAAGCCCGCUAGCGCCUGGGUAGCGCACGGCAUCUCCUGGCUCGACGACAUCCAGCAGUUCUACCGCGAGCGCUCCGCCAUCGAGAAGGAGUACAGCGCCAAGCUCAGCGCCCUCGCCAAGAAGUACUUCGAGAAGAAGAACAAGCGCAGCCCGGCCCUGAGCGUCGGCGACACGCCCGCCAUGACGCCCGGCUCUCUCGAGAGCGCCUCCCUCACCACCUGGGCCACCCAGCUCACCACACUCGAGUCCCGCGCCGCCGAGCACGACCGCUACGCCAACAACCUCAUCUCCCAGGUCGCCGAACCCCUCAAGUACUACGGAACCCGCUUCGAGGACCUUCGCAAGCGCCAUGCCGAGUAUGCCGACAAGCUCGCCGCCGAACGCGACGCCUCCUACGCCGACCUGCGCAAGGUCAAGGCCAAGUACGACGCUACUUGCCAGGAGGUCGAGGCCAAGCGCAAAAAGUCCGAGUCGCAUUACGACAAGGCCAAGGCCCAGAGCGCCUACCAGCAGCAGCUGUUCGAGAUGAACAACGCCAAGAACUCGUACCUCAUUGCCAUCAACGUCACCAACCGCCAGAAGGAAAAGUACUACCACGACUACGUCCCCGAGGUCAUGGACAGCCUCCAGGACCUGAACGAGUUCCGGGUCAUAAAGCUCAACGGCCUGUGGAUCGUCGCUACUAGGCUUGAGGACGACAUGCUGCAGCAGAGCCACGCCAUGAUGGAGCAGCUCGGCCACGAGGUCCGCCGCAACGAACCGCAUCUCGACUCCAUGAUGUACAUGCGCCACAACAUGGGCGCCUUCCAGGAACCCCCGGAUAAGGAGUUCGAGGCAAGCCCAGUCUGGCACGACGAAGCCACCAUGGUCGUGGACGAGACGGCAAAGAUCUAUCUGCGCAACGUCCUCGGCAAAUCCAAGUCCCAGCUGAGCGAGCUGCGCCGCGAGGUGGACAAGAAGCGGAGGGAGGUGGACCACGUCAAGAGACUCAAGCAGCGCGUGCGAGACGGGCAGGAGAAGAAGGACGAGGUGGAGAUUGUGCGCACGCUCUUUGCCAUGCAAGAAGACCUACACAGCGUGGACCGUCGCCGGUUGACGGCUGAAGUUGAGACGUCCACCAUCACCUCGGUCGUCGGCGACGUCACGCUAGGCGCCAAGAACCACAACUUCAAGAGCCAGACGUUCAAGAUCCCCACCAACUGUGAUCUCUGCGGCGAGCGCAUCUGGGGCCUCAGUGCAAAGGGCUUCGACUGCCGGGACUGCGGAUAUACCUGCCACAGCAAGUGUGAGAUGAAGGUGCCCGCCGACUGCCCCGGCGAGCAGACAAAGGAGGAACGCAAGAAGCUCAAGGCCGAGCGCCAGGAGGCCACCAACAAGCUUCUGUCACCGACUGGAGGGCCACCGCCACACGUUGCUGAGCUACCAGACCUGACACGCUCCAACACGAUGAAUUCGCUGAGUUCGCACUCGGCGCGGCGCUCCGUUUCAGGGUCCUUGACGGGGCAAAAAACACCGGCGGAGGAAGCCGGUGCCGCUACCCCCGAGCUGGCAGCACCGCGGCCAAGCAUCUCGUCAUCUACGACGGGAACAACAGCCGUGCGGAAGAACAGGGUCAUCGCACCACCCCCCGCAGCCUACAUUAGUGAGCUGCCGGGGAGCAGCGUUCCCAAUGGAGGCAACAAGGACGAGAAGAAGGGCAAGAUGCUGUAUACUUUUGAGGCAAGCGGCGAUGGCGAGUUGACGGUUCAAGAGGGCAGGGACGUGAUUCUUCUGGAGCCAGAUGACGGCUCCGGCUGGGUCAAGGUCCGUGCCGGCUACAAGGAGGGCAUCGUUCCCGCCACAUACAUCGACUUCACAUCUGCACCUGCCCCUGCACCGGCAUCGGUUCCGCGACCGUCCUCUACGUACUCCAACUCGACAACGUCGUCAACAGCGCAGUCCGGCUCCGCAGGAGCCGGCGCGGGACCUAAAAAGAAGGGCCCGGCCGUGGCGCCCAAACGAGGGGCUAAGAAGCUCCGUUACGUGGAGGCGCUAUACGAGUACGCGGCGCAGAGCGAGGCAGAGCAUUCCAUGAUCGAGGGCGAGCGCUUCGUGCUGGUCAAGGACGACCCGGGCGACGGGUGGGUCGAGGUCGAGAAGGCGGGCGUCACGGCCAGCGUGCCCGCGAGCUACGUCCAGGUCGUGUAGCGGGGUCAGCUAGAGGAGCGGCAUGGGAUGCAAGUGAGCGCGUACGUAUAUAUAUCCCCAGUACCGCGGCCAACAGCAACGUAUCAUUAUGCGUGUGGGUGGGGGAGGAAGAGGUCUUGGGUAUGGUGGGAUGCUGGGCAUGGCGAGCAUGGCGGCGAGCCGGGCGGCGCAUCCACGCAUCUUUACGGACCACAACAUGUAGCCUACGAAUCGACAUCCAAAAGGGGGGGGGGGGCUUCUCGAGCGGGCGGUGGUGUGUUGCCGGAGUACCGGGGUUAGAAGAGACGGCAGCAGCGCAUCGUCAUCAUCAUCAUCAUCCUACCUACAUACAUCCCGCAUCAUGUUGCACAGGCGGGUCGGCAGGGACCAGCAGAAGCAGAAGAGGUGGCAGACAGUAGUGUUUAUCGACACCGCGAUUGCAUUAGAAAAUCAAACGAACCGGACCGGGGCGUUUUCUGCGCGUCCGGGUACAAAGUAAGUAUACACAAUACAAAAACAUUCUUCACG